AUGUUGAGUUUACAGAAGGUUGGCAACAAACUCGGAAGAAUUGUCCGGAUUGAUCAUACCACUAGCUUGGUAUCGAGAGGGAAAUUCACUAGGGUGUGCGUAGAGAGUGAUAUCACUAAGCCUUUGAUCUCGCGAUUCACUUUGGAAGACAAGGUGUGGCAUGUGGCGUAUGAGGGGAUUCAUGUGGUGUGUUUCUCUUGUGGGAUGUACGGCCAUAAGCAGGAUCUAUGUCCAACGGCGAGCAAGGCGGAUGAACGGGAAGGGCAAGAGUUGAGGAGGCGACCACGGACCAGCAACAGGCAGCCGGCUCAAACGAAUAGGCAGGGUAAGCUGCCGGACACUGAAGGGCAGAAACAACAGCACAGAAGUGGAAAACUAGGUAUGGCUGUGCCAGGAUCGCAGUUUGCCCCGCUAGAGGAGGAUGAAUCGGCGGUACCACCAGGAGCGGAAGGGAAGGCAGUUGGCGAUGAGGAACAGAACGAGGAGGUCGGAACAGGGCGGGAUAGUGUGUCUACCCCUAUCACGGGUGUGGGAGGACGACCAAAAAGGGCCAAUGUCAUCGCAAAUGAGAAACAAAUUGUGAAUGAACCUCGAGGAAGUCAAGCCGAGCCAACUACGGGUGCGACAAGCGAGCCAAAAAAGAGAAAUUCGGGAGUGAAUUCACGUCGCGCUGCGAAGGAAGAUGGGCACGUGGUUAUUCGUGGCUCUCAGGGUGGGAAAGUGAUCCGGUCUACCACUGUGGCGGAGGAAGCUUCACAAACCGAACAUCAUGGGGAUCCCCCCGGAAGCAUUUGA